CUGACUCUGUGCCCCCUGCACCACUCAGACCCCUGCAGACCAGCAGCAGCAUCCAGGGAUGAUCGCAGCUCCCUGCAAUGCCACCGGGAGCCCAGCUGCCCAGUGCACUGGCUGGGAUGAGGAGGACUUGCCCCCCUCCCCUUCCCCGGUGCACUGACAGGAAUUGCACAGUCUCACUCUGUGUGCAAGUGGGACUAGUGCGCUAGGGCAGGAUCCCUGCUGCUGCUGGAGAGGGUGCUCCGGUGCUGUGGAUGCGCUGGCAGAGGAGGCCCCCCGGUGCUGUGGGCUGUGUGAUUGAGACACCAUGAUUCCUGGUAACCGAAUGCUGAUGGUCAUUUUAUUAUGCCAAGUCCUGCUAGGAGGCACUAGCCAUGCAAGUCUCAUCCCCGAGACCGGGAAGAAGAAAGUGGCCGAGAUUCAGGGCCAAUCGGGCGGAAGGAGGUCCGCUCAGAGCCAUGAGCUCUUACGGGACUUUGAGGCUACCCUGCUGCAGAUGUUUGGCCUCCGGAAGCGCCCGCAGCCCAGCAAGGAGGUAGUGGUGCCCGCAUACAUGCGGGAUUUGUAUCGGCUACAGUCAGCAGAGGAAGAGGACGACCUACAGGAGAUCAGCCUGGAGUAUCCGGAGAGGCCAACCAGCCGCGCCAACACUGUGAGGAGCUUCCAUCAUGAAGAACACUUGGAGAACAUACCAGGAACGGUGGAAAACACCAGUGUCCGUUUCUUCUUCAAUCUCAGCAGCAUUCCGGAGAAUGAGGUGAUUUCCUCUGCUGAGCUAAGACUUUACAGGGAGCAGGUAGACCAUUGGCCUACGUGGGAAGAAGGCUUCCACAGGAUAAAUAUAUAUGAAGUCAUGAAGCCUCUAAGCGCAAAUGGACAGGUGGUUACUAGGCUACUGGACACCAGGCUGAUCCACCACAAUGUGACCCGGUGGGAAAGUUUUGACGUAAGCCCUGCGAUUAUGAGGUGGACUCGAGACAAGGAGAUAAACCAUGGGCUUGCAGUUGAGGUAACUUACCUCAAUCAGACUAAAACGUAUCAGGGGAAGCACGUCAGGAUUAGCCGAUCUUUAUUACCUCAAGUCAAUACAGACUGGUCACAGAUGAGGCCACUUUUAAUCACAUUUAGCCAUGAUGGCAGGGGACAUGCCCUGACCAGGAGGUCAAAAAGAAGCCCAAAACAGAGAACCCGCAAAAAAAACAAAAAUUGCCGUAGGCAUGCCCUGUAUGUGGAUUUCAGCGAUGUUGGCUGGAACGAUUGGAUUGUGGCACCCCCUGGAUAUCAGGCUUAUUACUGCCAUGGCGAUUGUCCCUUUCCCUUGGCUGACCACCUGAACUCAACCAACCACGCUAUUGUGCAAACUCUGGUUAACUCGGUCAACUCAAGCAUCCCAAAAGCGUGCUGCGUUCCUACAGAACUGAGCGCCAUUUCCAUGCUCUACUUGGAUGAGUAUGACAAAGUUGUCCUCAAAAACUAUCAGGAGAUGGUGGUAGAGGGGUGUGGAUGCCGUUGAACCCAAACAGACUGCUUAUUAAUUAGUUGGACUUACCAUCGAACUUUCACCUCGUCCUUAUUUAUGUCUUCUACGUGCAAAUGUUUUGACAAUAUGAUCAUAUAUUUUGACAAAAUAUAUUUAUAACAACAUAUUAAAAGAAAAAAAAUAAAAUAAGUCAUUAUUUUCAAAAACAUAA